GAAUUAUUCGACAAAUUAUUCGACAAUGACUAGUCCAGAAACUUUAGUAGAAAAAGGGUAUGCCACGGUUGGAGGAAAACAUCGCAUUGAUAAAGCAGAAAAUUUUAAAAUUUAUUAUGAAAUUCACGGGAAAGGGUCUAACCGGUUAUUUUUUAUCAUGGGGUUAAACACAACAUCUGCAAGUUGGGAAUAUCAGGUCAGAUAUUUUGGAAAACAUCCUGAUUACCAAGUUUGCAUUUUUGAUAAUCGUGGAGUCGGUACGAGUCAAAUGGCUCAGGACGCAGUCGACCUUAUGGACCAUCAUGGAUGGACAGAAAAUAUCCAUGUAAUUGGAAUAUCUAUGGGCGGUAUGAUCGCUCAAGAAUUGGUCUUAUUGAAACCUGAAUAUGUGAAAUCUUUGUGCUUGACUUCAACUACUGCAGGAAUGACUGUACCUCCAAUUGCCGCAAUUACAACAAUUCCUAGACUCCUUUUGAUAAAUGAUCCGAGGACUAAAAUAAACACAGUUAUUAAAAUAAUGUUUUCAAAGGAAUGGUUAGCAGCACCUGCCCCUCCUGGUUCUCCAUACAAAAAUAAUGAAGAACAUAUGGUUGAGGACAUGUGCAGCAGAAUUAAGAGAAGUCGUCUUCAACCAGCUAAUGGAGCGAUUGGUCAAAUAGCUGCAAGUCUCUUUCAUUAUGUUUCUCCAACGCGACUUCAAAAAAUUCGAAAUUCUAUCCCACAGAUACUAGUAAUAACUGGUAGUUGGGAUAAUUUUGUAAGACCUAACAACAGUUUUUAUCUCGCUGAACAACUUCAAGCUGAUUUCGAAUAUUGGGAAGGUUGUGGUCACAUUCCAUGUGGUGAACAAAUCGAAAGAUAUAAUACUUUGUUAGAGAAUCAUUUUAAAAAGGCUGGGUUAAUUCAUUCGUAG